CCAGCUGAUGCUGCAAACACCAGCAAAAUGAAAAGUUCAGAUAACACUGAGGCUAUACAGAACUUAAGCAAUGAUUAAAGAAUAUAAAAGAAAACUUUAAACAAUACUGGAAUUCAUCACUCUACAAACAGGUGCAACUUUAAAGCAUAAAAGAUGACAAGCCUAACAGCAGCAGUGGGGCAAGGGUAGCUGCUGCCCUGAGCAUGGCCCUCAGUGCUUGCCCAGCUUUGCCAGGCUCCCAGUGGCCACCUCUGCUCUGCCCACAGGGCAAGAUCAGUGACAGCCUCAGCACCUGCUACCAGCACCUGGACCAGACAAGCCGGAGUUUCGCUGCCGCCACCCGGGCACUAGACGUUGAGCUGCGUCACGCUGCCUGCAUAUUCUACCUGGUUCUCCGAGCCCUGGACACCACAGAAGAUGACAUGUCCAUCAGUUUGGAAACAAAAAUCCCAAUGUUGCCUGUGUUCCACAACUACCAGUAUCAGCCAGAGUGGAGGUACAUGGAGAGCAAGGCAAAGGACAAGCAAAUGCUGGAGGAUUUCUCCACGGUAAGCCGGUAGCGCUUACUUCCACCCACAAUACAACAGCCUGUGCAUUUACUCUUACAGUUACCUUCUUCAAGCCUUCUUGCAUCUUCAUCCAACAGGAUCAGACCCAGCCUGAUCUAGUCCAGAGUCCCACACAGCGGGUAGGUGGUCUGUCCCUCCUGAGCUGUACUGUCACUGUUCCAGUGCUCAAAAAGUCAGCACAGAAAAAAAAUGGUUUUGGCCUGAACCAAGCAUAGAUCGCCUGGUGUGAUGGGUGUUCACAGGACACUGCUGAGGGCAGUGUCAUUGGGAGUCCCUGCUUGGGUGUUGCUGAGUUUGCACAAAAUAGAGGUGAGGGAGGCAGAAAACAGUGCUGUUUGCAUAUCUCUGGAUCGUCCCAGGUGCUUCUCAGCACUCACGUCCCAGGCUGCAGCUGAAACAACAGAAGCCCCCACCUGUCACUAUGCUGACACCCUGCUUUAAGCAGGCUUGCCACAGCCCAAGUCCACACUUGCAUUGCCUGGUACCCACAAGCCCAUGUGCUGAGGCACUGAGAUGCUGCAAGGGAGGAGCGCAUAAAACCAGAUAGAGCAAUAGCCUGAGUUUCUUGACUCAUAGCUCCCCAGAUCUGUACAGAAUAACUGGCGCAUCGCUGUAAAGUAUUAGGUAUGUAAAGAAACGGCAGGAUCUAUGUGAUCAGUCACUAAACCUUGGAGGUCCAGUUAAUACCAGGCUCAAUACUAGUUACUGGAUGUAUCUACACAUGUAUUUACUGCACAAUAAGUAGGCUGGUGUCUACACGUGCAUGCAUUAAAGCACAGUAACACUUAAAGUUAGUCCCUAGUCAGUCCACACUGCGCAGUAACACAUCUACACAAGCAUUACUGCAUAGUAACUAAUUGGGCAUAAAUUUGCUGCCGGUAUAAUUAGUGAUGCAUCAAUCUAUUUAUUUAUUGGUUCAUUAUUUAGUGGGGGUAAUUUGCAUGCCUUCCCCUGGUAUAAGAUGUGUCAGAGAAGCCAUUCAUCUUUAAGCCACCAUCGCCGGGUUUAUGUUGUCUAGCAUUAUUUGUUUUAUUGUAUCAGCUAUAUUUUAGCCUGGAAAUAAUUAAAUACU